UGUAAUUAAAUUAUUUAGUAUAUAUAUUAAAAAUGUAAAUAAUACGUAAUAGGUUGAUGGUGAAUCAGAUUCCAAGAUUCGGUUUUAAAUACUUGAAUGACAGUACAUUUCUGAAUGAAGAUCAUCUAUAGAUAUAGAAGGCAGCAUUAGACUUUGCAAAAGAGAAGAUGUAACCAUAUUCAGCAGAAUGGGAUAAGAAACAUCAUUUUCCAAAGGAUGUAUUACGUGAAUUGGCAGCAAUGGGAUUUUCAACAAUAUAUGUAAAAUAGGAAUCAGGUAAAGUAUUAAUAAAUGAUGGUUAGGUGGUGUUGGUUUAGAUCGUUUAACAGCAAGUGUAAUAUUUGAAGCUCUAUCAUAUGGAGAUGUAACAACAACAGCCUAUUUAACAAUUUAAAAUAUGUGUGCUUAUAUGGUGGAUUAAUUUGGUAAUGAAGAAUAAAAAUAAACAUGGAUACCUAGAUUUGGUACAUUUGAUGCAUUUGCAUCAUAUUGUUUAACAGAACCAAAUAGUGGUAGUGAUAGUAAGAAUAUGAAGACAUUUGCAAAGAAAGUAUAAUAUAAUUAAUGAUAUAGGAUGGAAAUGAUUAUGUAAUAAAUGGAUCUAAAUGUUUUAUUUCUGGAGGUUCAGUUAGUGAUGUUUAUUUAUUAAUGUGUAAGACAUCAGAAAAAGAUGUUUCAUGUAUAAUUGUUGAAAAAGGUACUCCUGGAUUAUCAUUUGGGAAACUUGAAGAUAAAAUGGGAUGGAAUGCUUCACCUACAGCUAUGGUACUUUUUGACAAUGUACGAGUACCUUAAUCAAAUCUCUUAGGAAAAGAAGGAUAUGGAUUCAAAAUGGCUAUGAGUGCAUUAGAUGGUGGAAGAAUUAAUAUUGCAUCAUGUUCUCUAGGAGGUGCUUCAUAUGCAUUUGAUCUAACAAAAGAUUAUUUACAUGGUUAUUAUAAUAUUAAUAAUAAUAGAUCGUAAAUAAUUUGGAUAACCACUUGCUUAAUUUUAAGGAUUAUAAUUUAAAUUUGCAGAUAUGGCUACUAAUCUUGUUACUUCAAGAUUAAUUGUAAGAUAAGCUGCAUAAAUGAUUGAUAAUAAUCAUCCUGAUAAAACUUUAUAUUCUGCUAUGGCUAAGAGAUAUGCAACAGAUAGUUGUUUCAAUGUUGCCAAUGAAGCAUUAUAACUUCAUGGAGGUUAUGGAUAUUUAAGAGAAUAUUAAAUAGAAAGGUUAUUAUUAUAUUUAUCAUUAUAGAAUAGUAAGAGAUUUAAGAGUUCAUCAAAUUCUUGAAGGUACCAAUGAGAUUAUGAAAGUCAUCAUCUCUAGAAAUUUAUUAAAAUGAUAUAUCAUAAUAUAACAC